AUGUUCUACGUCUUGCCAGCCAUUAUAUUUGUUGGCUUUGUGGCCAACGUUGUCUCGAUUUUCAUUUUCUUUGGAAAAGAACUGCGGAAGUUCUCAUCCAGUGUGUAUGUACUAGCUGUGUUAUUCGCUGAUACAGGAUUUCUGGUGUCUCUUUUAUUUGUAUGGCUGGAGGUUCUAGGUUAUGGAAUCAAUCAUACGGUGGGAAUGUGUCAGUUUCUUGUAUAUUUUACUUAUGUUUGCAGUUUUCUCUCGGUUUGGUACAUGGUUUGUAUAACAGUCGAGAACUAUAUCACUAUCUGUCAUCCGACCAGAAUUAAAGAUAUGUGUACCCAGAAAAGAGCACGGAUUGUGACGGUCACGCUGGCUGUAGGACCGGCUCUAUUAUAUAGCAUUACUCUGUUCGCCAACGCUGUACGAUCAGAUCCUCAGUCGGGGUUACAAAGAUGUGAUAUAAAACCAGACUUCAUUUUGAUGAAUUACAUCAUCACGUAUAUUGACUCUAUUUUGACUCUGUUAGUUCCUUCGUUAGCUAUGACUCUCCUAUUAAUAGCUAUCGUUAUAGCCAUUUUCCAUUCACUCAGAAUAAAGCGCAAACGAAUUAUCAAGGGAUCGAAACUACAGAAAAAGAUGGAUAAAUGUCCUCAAGUGCGGGUGGCCAAAAUGUUAUUUGCUCUCUCUGUCACAUAUCUUAUAUUAAACAUACCAAGUCAUGUUAUCAGAUUGUAUUAUUUAUUACGACCAUUAGACACUAGUUCCUCGCACCAAAUUAGUUUUACUGAAGGAAUGAUACAUCACAUCUUUUUACACGUGUCUUAUUUAAGCUGUUCCAUCAAAUUCUUCCUUCUCUACGCCUUUAGUUCCAACUUUAGAAAACGAAUUCGCGAGUUUUUACCAUGUUUUGUGUAUACACCAGUCUUAAAUGGCUAUCCAUCAACAACUGUGUCUAAUGUAUGA